AUGCGUCUUCAGCUCUCGUACUUUGUCACUGUAGCCAUUUUGGCCUCCUUAGUCAACGCAACGGGUUGCAGCAAAUGUUUGAAUCAGAACGAGGACAAUGUCCGUCUAGGCUGCUUCAACAAAUGCAAAGAUGCCUUCAAUCCAAGCAGCACCGAAUACGAAGUAUGCCGCGACCAGUGUACCGAGUUCGUCUUCAAUGAUCAUUGCUGUACCUCGUCCUGCAGCAGCACUUCUGAUGUGUGCCUCAAUGACUACUUCCAUCGCGUAGGCUUGACCAAACGCGACUCGUCCGAUGAAGAAGCCUUUUAUGUAUCACAAUUAGACGCGAUCCGAGAGAAUCCCAGUCUCCUUGACAAACGAGCCCUGCUGGCGGGUGACGCUCCAUACCAUCUUAUUCGGAGCACUGAGCAGCUGCGCGAUUUGAAACAUCCGGAUUUCAACGAGACUGUUCUGUACGACGUGAGUGAGGAAGGCGGCCUAGGGACUCUUGAUCGUCGGGUCGAACACGGCAAAGUGUGCUGCCUAGCUGCCAAAACAGUGCUGAACGCAGGGGCACUUCAAGUUGCGCCUGCACUGCAAAAGGACGAGUGGAACGAGGAGGAGUACGCUGGACUAGUGCUGGUUAGCUUUGGCAUUGCGGGCGCCUGGACUUGCAACUACGUGUACAAUGUGCAAUGUGUCUUUUUCAACGCCAAUCCUGUUCCAUAG